AUGGCUAACGGGAAGCUGCUGGCCGUGCUUGCUCUCUUCCAGGUCCUGUCGCUCCUCCUCCACGUCCAUGGCGUCUCCGGGGCCAUCAGCCUCACGCACAAGCAUGCAAAGCGGCCCGGCGCCGGCGGGGGCGGCGGUAAAUGCCACAUCAGCGGCUUCCUCCAGGGUAAGGCCGGCAAGUGCAACCCGGAGCACGGCUCCGACUGCUGCGCCUCCGGCCACCGCUACCCGCAGUUCAAGUGCUCGCCCCCGGUGUCCGCGAAGACGCCGGCGAUCCUCACGCUGAACAGCUUCGCGGCCGGAGGAGACGGGGGAGGCAAGUCCUUCUGCGACAACAAGUUCCACCCGGACAGCGCGCGGGUGGUGGCGUUGUCCUCGGGGUGGCUGCGCCUGGACGGCACGCGCAGGUGCAACAAGAUGAUCCGCAUCAACGGAAACGGGCGGUCAGUGCUGGCCAAGGUGGUGGACGAGUGCGACUCAGUGAACGGGUGCGACGCGGAGCACAACUUCGAGCCCCCGUGCCCGAACAACGCCGUGGACGGGUCACCGGCGGUCUGGAAGGCGCUGGGGCUCAAGGAGUCGAUUGGGGAGUUCAAGGUCACCUGGUCUGACGUCUGA